UUUACUUCUUCCAAUGUUCUUGUUCUGAUAAAUUGAGAAUCUGGGAUUAUGGGAAUUAUUGAACUGAGGUUGAAUUGGAAAAUUGAAAAUUGAAAUUUUGAAUUGGUAUUGUUCAAUUUAUUUCUGUCUUACUGAUAUCAACUGGGAAUUUGGUAAAGGCGUAAUGUUGCAAAGUUGGAAAUUUGGUGAAGCUGGAAUUCUGGAUAUUUGGGUGUUCUUGUUUCUGUUGUUGGCUUGGUCAGAUUGUUCUCGAAAGGACUUAAGGUCAGAUUGUUCUGUUAAGAUGUCAAGUCAGGAUGCAUUAGAUGAACCUCAACCUGAGAUUUCAGACACUAAUUUGCAAGAGUCUGAAAGUGGCAUCAAUCAGUUGGAAUAUAAUGGUAUUAGAUACGAUAAGUUGGCUCCAGAAGACAUUAUAGGCGUGAAGUUUGUAACUGUUGAGGCAGCAGAGACUUUUUACUAUGCUUAUGCGAAAGCAAUGGGUUUUGAUGUUAGAAAGGAUGACAAGAGAACAAGUGCAAGGACUGGGAGAGUCACUAUCCGCAAAUGGGUUUGUUCUGCAGAGGGGGAAAGACUAGAGAAAUAUAUUUGACAC